AUGGAAGACAACGAUGAUGACUUCUUUUCCGACGAUGGCUUCGACGACCUGCCCCCCGGUACAUUGUUCCAAUUGGAGCAGAGCGCGUUCCAGGCGACCCAAGCUCAGAAGCUAGCUCCCUCACAGCCUGCAAUCGAAUUACACAGACCUACUGGGGAUUUUCAGAACCGAAUCCCUCAAAAAGCGCCCGCCGCUCAAACCAGACAGCCAGCGCCUGCCCAUGCAACGCUACAACCCCCGCCGCGCUUACACACUGGAUUGACCAACGAUUACGGCGAUUUGGAUGUGGGGGAAAUGGAUGCAGAGGUAUUGGACGAUGGCAACGACACGACUAUCGCAUUCGACCACUCUGUCGUUUACGAAGCGCAGCCCAAUCGCCCGCAAAAUGUCCUGGCGCCAGCGGACGACAGUCACGAGUUCGAUGAUACCCUGCCCGACCUCAUGGAGGUUGAGGCGGGUCAGCCACAUAUCAAUGUCCCCCAAGAAAAUUUCCAUAUUGCCGCUGAACAGUUGGAGCGCGAAAAUGAACGGUACAAUCAAAUUAUGGAAGAGCUCAACGCCGCCAAAUCCAUGGCGGAAACCAAAACGGGGGAGAUUUCAAUUAUACGGGCGAAUCAGGCCAAACUUACCGAAAACUAUGAGCGGCAAUUGGCAUCUUUGCGAAAGGCUAUAGCUGAGGAGGCGGCCAGACACAAGCAGGAGGUAGAAGCCGCACGCGCGGAAGGAAAGAUGUUGGCUACGGAGAACGCAUUUCUCAAACAAGACUUGGCCGAGGAGUCUCUACGGAUAAGCAACAUGAAGGCGAAGGGCCGAGCAAAUGAGAAAGUACCGCCCGUGACGCCCAAGAAGACCAAAGUCCUUCCUUUUCGCGACGGGUUCGAUGACGAAGAGAUUCUCGCCGUGUCGCCGAGCAAGUCAGCGCGAUCGAAGCGCGUGACGCCGGUAGUCCCGGGGAAAAGGAAGAGAAGAGAGAGUCAGGACAGCCCAAUCCCGCUUCAAUUGAGUCCGCGGGUGGAGCCUAUGGCUAUUGACCCCGACCCCGGGGACUUCUCUGACGAUGCGACGACGGGCGAUACGUUGCAGGCGGCGGCCCCGGCGAUCCAGAAUGAGGAGAGACAGUCGCAGUCAAUGAAGCGCGUCUUGAAUCACCGAACGUAUCCUAAUGAGGAGCCUGACAUUGAAGUCAUGUCGCGGUUGAAGUUCCCAUCAGAGCCGCAACGGACGCUGGCCACCAUCCUACUGCAGGAAACGGAAGCUCUUCGCAUGGGGAACAAUGUAGUCGAGUAUGCGCGAGCGAUUAUCUCCCUGUGGUCCCGGGCACUGAAAGAGAAAUUCUUUCCACCUGUCCCUAUGUUCCUGGCUAUCGUGCAGUAUAUCUUCGCCCUGGAGGCGCCGUCAAUCGGGUCUCAGCUCGUGGAACAUCUUGUUCCCGUGUUGCAAGAAGCUGGGGAUGUCAAUGCGAUCCCUCGAUUCAAGCACUCGCCCGUGUCGCGACAGAACUUCGGACAAGUGCGGCAAACGCCUCAAUCGGAGCUAGAACCUCUGGUAGACUCGACCGAGGCACUGGCGCUGCUGUAUCAGAUUGCCAGUCGGUCUUUGCACGUCGACCGGGAACUCGAGAGGUUUUGGCGGUACAUGCGCUAUGACUUCGUGCUGAUGAUGCUGAAUUGCUCGCAGCUUAUCGUCGACAUCACCUUGACCUUGAACCUUCUCACUACCAGCGUGCGCGCGCAGUCGUUCGGCUCGAUCCAGGACACCGAGCAGGAUCAGAUUGCUAAUGAAAACUACAUUGUGGACCGCGUGGCAAACCUCUUGAGCGAAAAGCCGCAUGUCGACGAAGGUCUGCCCCCUUAUACGCCGAUCGACAUCUGCGGGAUGCGCCUAGAGGCGCUGUCCCUGCUGACGUGCAUUGCAUUCAACAUCUCAGCUCCUCAGAGCACCCAUGGCAGCUCGGUGCUGGCGUCUCAUCCGACUGCUCUGGCACGGUUGAUUCGAGCAAUGCAUGACGAGCUAGAUGCCUUGUACUCCUCACCCCCGGAGGCGGAGCAGCACGCGACCUUGGUGAACGGAUUGAUGGCGCUAGUCUACGGGGUGAUGAAGCGCCAUCCUGAGGUCGAUCUACAGAAUAAGCUGGACAGGGUGGCAGGCGGGAAACAGAAGUUUCUCGUUGUCAUGACGCGCCUCGCUUUUAGUGAAGGGAUCAUGUUAGAGGCGAGGAUCGACGACGAGACGGUCGAGAUGGCUCACGAGAUCCUGGACGACGCAGUCAAUCCGCAGGAAGCUGAAGCCUUACAGGAAGUGUUUUCGACUGCGAAGCGGGAGGAAUGA